GUCGAAGUCAGUCGAAGUCGAAAGUCGAUUGCAGUAUGUUCAUAUAGUAUCGCUUCUGCAGCAAACGUCAAAGUUAAAACAAUCGUCAAAGAGUUUCUGCUUUUGGAAGAAAAGGUGACAUUUUGCAAUCAAUUUUAUUUCCGAGGAAAAAGGGCACAUUUCAUUCGUUACUUUGGCUCUUGCAGCGAUUGUCACUGCAAUUACAGACAGCGUUGUCAUCGUUUUAAUACGUGUCCAUGCGAUGUUAGUUGGCUCUUCUUUUCGCGAAGUAUUACGUUAUUUUUUUAGUGGCCACCACUUCAAUGUUGUGAUUAGUUUCGCGUCCGAUUAAUCGUAUUGUAUUCGAGCAAAGACGAAACGAACGACCGCAUCAUGUUUUGGGCAAAGAAUUACGUGUCAUCGCCUAAUAUGGAGGCACUCCUUGAUAAGGAGGAUGUUACGUUGUACGAAGUAAUGGACGAAGAUGAUAUAUUGAUAGAAUGUAAAAGCCAAAAUAAAAAACUUGUGGAAUAUUUAACUAGAUCCGAUGUAAUGGAAGAAUUGAUAACACUCACAACCAAGGAACCAUCCACAGACAUAGAGGAACGUUCUCGUUACAAAUAUCCAAGUUUAGCUUGCGAAUUACUAACUUGUGAUAUAUCAGCUUUGAAUGAGAAAUUAGCAGGCAACGAAGCACUUUUGGCAAAACUCUAUUCAUUUAUUGAUACGGAUCAACCAUUAAAUCCUUUGUUAGCCUCAUUUUUUAGUAAAACUAUCGGAGUACUCAUCGCCCGUAAAGCAGAUCAGAACUGGUACUCGUAUCAGUUCACUUGUUUACAGGUGUUAGAGUUUUUGAUAAAUCGUGAAACAUGCGUCGAUCUGCUUUUGCAACAUUUAGAAACCUCAGCGAUUAUGGACUUGGUACUAAAACUGGUUACCCAGGUUGAAGGCACCGACGUGCGGCAAUAUGUAUUAAAUUGGUUAGAUAGUCAACAAUUAGUGCAAAGGUUGGUAAAAUUAUUGUCUCCUAAUUCUGAACCGAGUAAACAUGCGAACGCUGCACAAUUACUUUGCGAUAUGAUAAGUGUUACGAGGGAGAAUCAACAUACAUUAACAAAAAACACCGAUCCAGAUCCUAUUUUAAAUACUCUUGAAUCGUCAGACACAGUGAGUCUGUUGCUGGAAACUAUUUUGAACGGAGAACACUUAGAAAGUAGUAUUGUUGGAGGAAUUCAGGUACUUCUCACGCUUCUAGACAAAAAAUCUAACAACGCAUUGAACGAAGGAGAUGUCCAUGGUAAUGGUAUAGGGGACGAGGUUACAGAUAACGAACAACGUAUAAAAAUUUCGAACGCGACUCUGCCUUAUUUAGAACAACUUCACAAAGUCUUGUUAGAUCCUCCUUAUAAACCUCCUGUUAAAACAACUGCAGGAAUCUUAGACUGUCCAUUAGGUAAUACUCGUAUACAUGUUGCAAAGUUAUUCGCUGCGUUAUUGACGGUAGAAAAUGUAAAAAUUUAUGAGACCUUAGUAGAACUAGGAACAUUCCAAACAUUACUGGACUUAUUUUUUAAAUAUACGUGGAACAAUUUCCUACACACUCAAGUACAAUCGUGCCUGGCUUUAGCUAUUAAUUGUGAUUUUAAGGAUGCAAAUGACAUUAUUUAUGCUAAUAUAUUUAUCGAGUGCAGAUUAAUAGAUCAAAUUUUAGAAGCAUGGGACAAAAAUGAUAAUAAACAAAAUUCCGAGAAUGGUGUUAGACAGGGAUAUAUGGGCCAUUUAAUAAAUAUUGCAAAUAAUAUCGUUAACCAAUGUAAGAAGAGCGCAAACUUAGAUAAAUUUCUGAAGGCUAAUUUAUCACGUAAGUGUCUUAACAAAUGGAAAAACCUUGUGAAUACGGAUUUAGCAAAAAUUAACGAAACUCAUCAAAUGCUACUGAGUGGAAAAACUCAAGUGUCCGGUGAAAAUCUGGAUGGAUAUAGUUCAUACCCUCAAGAAGUCACGCAAUUUUACACCAACUAUGUGGGCCAACAUAUGACACCGCAGUUUAUUGAAAACUUUGGCUUUAACGAUGGUGAAUUUAAUGGCAGCGAAAAUGAGAUUCAUAACAAGGUCGACCAACUAACAACGUUGGCUUUUACUGUUAACGAAGAUUACGAAGAAAGAGAAGAUAUGUUCAAUAAGAUAUGCGAAGAGAAGCAAAAGAUUGGUUUAGAAGACUGUAGCGCAGGAGCAGAUUGGGGCGACGAAGGCGAGCUAACUUUUCAAACUGUUGUAGAAAAACAAGCUUGGUCAGGGAAACAACAUUGUAACGAUUCAAACUCGUUCGACGAAGAUGAUGAAGCUUGGGAUUCAACUGAACCGUUGUCUACCGGUAACACACUUCCUGAAGUGAAUCCAUGGGAGAGUGCACCUUCAGAUGCAGUAGCUGAUUCUACUGGUUGGGCAAAUUUUGAUACCAAAUUAGGCGAUGAAAUUCAAGAAGAGGCAGAAGAAGAAGAAGGAGACGAAGGAGAAGAACAAGAACAACAGGAACAACAACAUCGACAGGCUUUACCAAUGGAUCCAAGUCAAGGAGAACCUGUUGCGCAAAAAAAUAAACCGAUGGUAGCAGAUGUUGACACGGAUCAAGUGAAAGUUGAAAAUACAGCUGAUGGUACAGCUUCGCAUAUAAAAUCGAACACGAAUCAAGAAAGUAUCGAGGAGAAUUCGUUUUCUCCUCCUUAUGCCCCAGUUGUUACUGCUCCGGCUGUUACUGCUCCGGCUGUUACUGCUCCGGUUGUUACUGCUCCGGUUGUCACUGUUCCGGCUGUUACGGCUUCGGCUGUUACUGCUCCGCCGGCUGAUACUGCUUCGGCUCCGGUUGCCACGUCUAUUCUUUCUCCCGCCAAUAUUACUGCAGAUAGUAAUGCAAAUCCAAAUGAAAUUUCUACAAUUUCGGACAGCAGAGAAACCUUAAACGAAGAGAAGGUAACGAACAUGGAAUUCGUAUCAACUGCGGUACAGAGUGAGAAAGCCUCGAAUGAUAAUGAAAAUGCAUGUAGUUUAAACAAUGUAACGUCGGAAGCCUUGUUGUCGCCACCGAAAGAUGCCAAAUGAAACGCUAUUCCUUAAGUACGGCAUUGCAAUAGAACAAAGAAAAUCAUAUCAGUAUAAAUUUGUACGAAUGAUCAGAGUAUAUAUUACGUCCCUAUAUUUUCAUUAGAUCACGUUGAUUGUGCUUGAUUGCGUUGGCGCCCGGAGAACUAUAACUUAUAGCAGGGUAUAAAUGCGGAUUGAAAAGUGAAACAAAAAAUUCAACAACGCUCAACUAUGUUUAGUGUAUUACUUGAUGUAUAUGUAUGUGUAAGUUCUCAGAUCGCCAACGUUUCGAUUGUAGAUACAUCUACGUAAAAUACAAUUUUUCCAAAUAUUCUCGGCGAACAUUGUUACUGCAAGGGUUUCUUCAAAUGUCUUUAUUCAUCUACAACAUGAAAAUUCCACUAUUUUCUUUAUUUUCUGUUAAAUGUUUGGCAUUUUUUCAUAAUGAGACGAAUAAAUUACGAUUUCUACAGCGAUCGAGUCGAUAGAUUUUGAGAUUGAUUGAAUUCUUGCUUGGUUGUUUAAUACCUAAUUCCGCAAAGUAUCGGACACAUACACACACACACACACAGAGCGAGAGAGAGAGAGAGAGAGAGAGAUAACUUUAUGGUCACACACAUAUAUGUGUGUAACCAUAAUUUUAUAUAAUGUGUUUUUUUUAAUGAUAUCGAUACGAAGCUCUUUAAUGAAACUCGCCCGUACGUAAUGAUAUUUCACAAAGAACUGGUGCUUUUGCUUCUUCGUUCGAUAAGGCAAAGGUACUUAUGUAUGUGCAGUGCCUAUUAUUUCAUUAAAACGUAUGCUCGUGCGACGAGACGUUACAAACAAGAAAGAAAAAUUAUGUAUUUUUAUUACGUUGAUAAUAUUCAGCCAAUGUAUACACACCUAAUAUAAUUGAAGUAUUUCAGUAAACUCUUAUUUAUUUGCAUUCCAGUUAGAAAAUUUUAUAAGAACGAAUAACAUUAAUAGUCUUUCAAAAUGAUCUUCCAAAAAAUAUAGUACUAUACUUAUUAAAUUUCAGGGAUCCAAACUUAUUGUGGUGUAUGCUUUGGUUAAUAUGUGUACAGUUUUUCAAAGGUGAGGUUCAUCAAUUAAAUCCCUUAAUUGUUCGAAUGAUUUUGUUUGUCUUAAGAAUUUUUGCUAUAGUAAUGCGUUUAUAGUACCAUACACAAAGUAUUGUACAUAAGUAAUAAACAAGCAGUGUUCAAAAUUCCAA